GCUCCAUGGGAUGUGUCAUAGUUGGAUGUUUCUUUGUAUCUGCAUGAAACACAUAAAGAGAGAUGGGAACAAAGUAAGUGAUGUGUUCGUUGUCUGCAUGUCUGAGUACCUCUAGUCUCUGUAAGUCAGUGGCCUAGGGGCCAUGGCCAGAAUCUCACAAAAUUCUUUCUGUCACUGAUCACAUGUGAUUCGUAGCGAGAGGACCAGGAGAUAAAACUGGAUUAGGCCGAAGGGAGGCAAAAGUGAAAACCUUUCUUCGAGUUCGCGAUAUCCUCAUCUUUCAGCCAAGUGCCGUUGGCCUCCGGACCAUUCACAGCGUUUGGUGCCGGCGCUAACUGAGAAAUUUUGACUGCUGGUGGGGCUUGCAAUAGAUUCAGAGUGUUCCUCUCAAUAUGAUUCGUGCGAUGGUUCAGGCACACCGUUUCUUGAAUCUAUAUCCAAUCUCGUGGCGCCCAAUCAGCCCUUGCCAGACAAAGAAUGGUUUUUGCUUCCACUUUGAGGCGUUCGAUUUUCCUUGCUGCUGCCUUCGCCCUCACUGCUUCGGCCCUCCCCUCGCUCCCCGCGCCCCCAGCGGCGGCGUCCAGAUCGUCAACAACAUGAGCGAGGAUGUCUACCUCUGGUCCGUCUCCGACUCCAGCAGUGAGAUGCAGACCAUCCCCACCGGCGCCUCCUACAUCGAGAACUGGCGCACCAACCCCAACGGCGGCGGCAUCUCCAUCAAGAUGUCCACCGGCGCCGACCUCGCCUCCGUCCUCCAGUUCGAGUACACCGAGGCCGGCGAGACCCUCUUCUGGGAUCUCUCCUCCAUCAAUCUCUCCCCGCAGUCUCCCCUCAUCGCCGCCGGCUUCGGCGUCUCCAUCGAUGAUGCCAGCUGCCCCACGGCCGCCUGCGCCCCCGGCGAUGUCAACUGCGCUGAGUCCUACCAGUUCCCCGAUGACCACAACACUCGUGCCUGCGGCACCGGUGCCGGCUUCACCCUUACCCUGGGUUAAGCGAAGCGCGCUUGCGCUCCUCGCGCGCGCCACUCUGUGUGCUGGCCAUGAACAUCUUGUUUCCUCUUUUUACGCUCAUUUCUACCCCUGGAGGAUAUGAAAGUUGUCAGGAACACAUCGAGGCAGGCCUUGUUAUUUACGAGUCAUGACUCAUACGGCUCACGAUUAUGCCGAGGAUGGAUUAUACCAACGAUGAUUUACCUAUACCUAUAGCAAAACGCACACAUGUCAAUAAAUUGUUAAACUAUAUAGAGUGCAAUUGAUUUGAUACCUUUCUUGAA